UUUUCUUCACAGCGCAUUGAGCUUCAGUUUUAGUCAUUUCAAAACAGCCGAGCCAGACACUUCAAGCCUGGGAAAAUGAAAUUUCUUUCUGAAUUGCUUCUAAUAUGUAUCCUGAUUUCCCUAGUCUUUGGACAAAAGGAUCCCAUAUGCAGCUCUGAACCCGUUGUCAGUGGUAAUUGCACCCAGGCCAUUAAAGGAUAUACCUAUGCGACCGGUAGACAUAGAAGAUGCAAGCAACUCCGGCUUGCGGCCUGUACGAUUACUGGAAAUUAUUUCCGUAGAAGAAAUGAGUGUGUCGCCAAGUGCCAGUCUAGGAUUCUCGUAGAAAGUGAAUUUUUUAAUUUUUGGAACCAAGCGAUGGCACAGCUUCUAAGUGCGUUUACAAUCUUAAUUGAUUUCGCCAGACCUUGGCUCAGAUGGAAUAAUUAAUAUUGAUCGUAUUUGAUCGUGCUGUAUUUAUUAUCUUUGAAUUUGAUAAAAAGUGAAUAAAAAGUAUAAUAUUUAAAACUCCAAAAAUGUAAAUAUUGAAUUACAUAAUUAAUAGAUUAUAUUAAGA